ACAUGGCUGGAUGGAUGGCUGGCUGUGAAUGAAAGCAAAAGGAAAGGGGAUGCUCCGUCCGAUCCAUCACUCACUCCAGUACCAGCACAAGCAGCAGCACCAGCACUGUCCUGUCCACCGACGCUCUCAACCAACACUCGCUACUCUUGUUUAAUUAUCGUUAUUGGCCGCUGCCUCUGCGGCUCUGCUUUCCCCCCUCUCUCUUCCUCUUCUUUUUUUUUGAUGGCAUCUUCCUCUUCUUCUUCCUCCCCCGCUUAGGAGUUUGGAGGAGUUAGGAGCUGGAGUACUAGUAGUUAUAGUUAGUUAACGCUGCCUGCCUGCCUGUUUGCUCUGCACAAAGUUGAGCGGCCAUUGCUGGAGUGGAGUAGAGCUAGGCUAGCUGCACUGCAGCCGCCGCUGCAAAUCAAGAUCAAGAUCAAGAUGCCGCACGCCAAGACGGACUCGGAGGUGACCAGCCUGGCGCCCUCCUCGCCGCCGCGCUCCCCGCCGCGCACGCGCCCCGUCUACUACGUCCAGAGCCCCUCCCGGGACUCCCACGACGGCGACAAGACGGCCACCUCCGUCCACUCCACGCCCGCGCUCAGCCCCAUGGCCUCGCCGCGCCACUCCCACUCCUCCGUCGGGAGGGACUCCUCCUCCAGCCGCUUCUCCGGCCACCCCAAGCGAUCCGGCUCCAAGGCGGGGGACAAGGCGGCGGGCCGCAAGGGCGCGCCGCAGGGCAAGGGGUGGCAGGAGAUCGGGGUCAUCCAGGAGGAGGGGCUCCUGCUGGACGACGACGAAGAGCACACCAGGAUCGUGCCCAAAAAGUGCUACUACUUCCUCGUCUUCGUGCUCGGCUUCGUCGCGCUCUUCUCCUUCUUCGCGCUCGUGCUAUGGGGGGCCAGCAGAUCGCAGAAGCCGCAGAUCGUGAUGAAGAGCAUCAAGUUCGACAACUUCAUCAUCCAGGCCGGCACCGACGCGUCUCAAGUGCCCACCGACAUGGCCACCACCAACGCCACCGUCAAGUUCACCUACCGCAACAAGGGCACCUUCUUCGGCAUCCACGUCACGGCCGACCCCUUCCAGCUCUCCUACACCCAGCUCACGCUAGCAAACGGAGACCUCCACAACUUCUACCAGCCGCGCAGCAGCCGCCGGACCGUCAGCGUCGCCGUGCUGGGCGACAAGGUGCCGCUCUACGGCGGCGGCCCGACGCUGACGGCGGCGCCGCCCGCCGGCGGCAAGAAGGCGGCCACCGCCACCAGCGUGCCGCCGGUGCCCAUGGUGCUUCGGACGACGCUGCACUCGCGGGCCUACGUGCUGGGCGCGCUGGUGAAGCCCAAGUUCACCCUGGCCGUCGAGUGCAGGGUGCUGAUGAACCCCACCAAGCUCAACAAGCCAAUCUCGCUGGACAAGGCCUGCCACUACUCCUCCUAAUAAACUACUCUUCUUUUUUCCCCUUCUUCUAUCUGAAUGUAUACAUACAGUAUUUAUUAAUUAUCUUCAUUCUUCGUCGUCCUCGAAUCGAUCAUCAUCAGCUGAAAAACAGAAAACCACCAUCGUAUAUCUGAUCUUCUCCAUCUGCUAAAUGUAAUAAUAUUGUUCUUUUCUCUCCUCCAUCUGUGUACUAUAUAUUGUCCUUUUUGCCCAUCAUAUCAUAUAUGGUUGCUGUAACUGUAAGAGUAGUAAUUAAGACAGACAGAUCA